CCCCGCUAUUGUCUCGGCCGAGCGGGGCUGCCGAGUGCGGUGUCUGCGGGCUCGCACCCUCCUGCCCGCCGCGGGCGCAGAGAGCACAGACAGCGGCCUGCCCUCAGCACUCGGAUUUAAACACAGCCUCCUGCCUUCUGCUUCCUGUACAAGGACCUUCCUUCCCUGCGGUUGCAAGGAAAAGCUGUCUGCGGUGUGGAGCGGAGCAGAGGAGGAGAGAGGAGAAUCUGGCAGCUUGGAUAGCCUGGACUGCAUUGUCUGGCUUCAUGACCCCUGCUGUGUAGCAGUCUCAUCCCCUCUCUCAUACGCUCCCUCUGUCUUCCACUCUUUUUUCUUCUUUCCUUUUUAAAAUAGCAGCAUCUGGGGCGAGCCAUGUUUGGCACUGAAUCGUCAUUGAGUAUGUUCUUGAACACAUUAACUCCCAAGUUCUAUGUUGCCCUGACAGGCACAUCCUCAUUAAUCUCAGGACUUAUUUUGAUCUUCGAGUGGUGGUACUUCCGCAAGUACGGCACCUCCUUCAUCGAGCAGGUCUCGGUGAGCCACCUGCGCCCCCUGCUGGGCGGGGUGGACAACAGCGCGCCCAGCGCCGCCAGCGCCGCGGGCGGGGACGCGGACUCGAACCGCCAGAGCGUCUCAGAGUGCAAAGUCUGGCGAAAUCCCUUAAAUCUGUUCAGAGGAGCUGAAUAUAAUCGGUACACAUGGGUAACAGGAAGAGAACCUUUGACUUACUACGAUAUGAAUCUUUCAGCACAGGACCAUCAGACAUUCUUUACCUGUGACACAGAUCAUUUACGGCCUGCAGAUGCUAUAAUGCAAAAAGCCUGGAGAGAGAGAAACCCUCAAGCCCGAAUUUCUGCAGCACAUGAAGCUUUGGAAUUGAAUGAGUGUGCUACUGCUUAUAUUCUCUUAGCUGAAGAGGAAGCAACAACAAUUGUAGAAGCAGAGAAGCUGUUCAAGCAGGCUCUGAAAGCUGGAGAGGGCUGUUACAGGCGCAGCCAGCAGCUACAGCACCAUGGUGCCCAAUAUGAAGCCCAACACAGAAGAGACACCAAUGUGUUAGUAUAUAUUAAAAGAAGGCUGGCAAUGUGUGCAAGGAAGCUGGGAAGGACCAGGGAAGCAGUGAAAAUGAUGAGAGAUUUGAUGAAGGAGUUUCCCCUGCUCAGCAUGUUCAACAUCCACGAAAACCUGCUAGAGGCUUUGCUGGAACUGCAAGCAUAUGCAGAUGUCCAGGCAGUCUUAGCAAAGUAUGAUGAUAUAAGUUUACCAAAAUCAGCAACAAUAUGCUACACAGCUGCAUUGCUCAAAGCCAGAGCUGUCUCUGACAAAUUUUCUCCAGAGGCUGCUUCAAGGCGAGGGCUGAGCACUGCAGAGAUGAAUGCAGUAGAAGCUAUUCACAGAGCAGUAGAAUUUAAUCCACAUGUGCCAAAAUAUCUACUAGAAAUGAAAAGCCUAAUUCUGCCCCCUGAACAUAUUCUGAAGAGAGGGGACAGUGAAGCAAUAGCAUAUGCUUUCUUUCAUCUUCAACACUGGAAAAGAGUAGAGGGGGCAUUGAACCUCUUACACUGUACAUGGGAAGGCACUUUCAGAAUGAUCCCCUAUCCACUGGAAAAAGGACAUCUUUUCUACCCUUACCCUAUUUGUACAGAAACUGCAGAUAGAGAACUACUACCAUCAUUUCAUGAGGUUUCAGUUUAUCCCAAGAAAGAGCUUCCCUUCUUCAUCCUCUUCACUGCUGGACUCUGUUCUUUCACAGCCAUGCUCGCCCUCCUGACACAUCAGUUCCCAGAGCUCAUGGGGGUCUUUGCAAAAGCUUUUCUCAGCACCCUCUUCGCCCCUUUAAAUUUUGUGAUGGAAAAAGUGGAAAGUAUCCUGCCCUCCAGCCUGUGGCACCAGCUGACAAGGAUCUGAGGGAGCAUGCCCGACUGACUGCUAUGACAUCUGUGCCAACUUUCUGUUGACCACAAGAAAGCAUGAUAAAAAAGGGAAGCAGUUAUAAGACUUAAAAACUCUUCAUGGAUUGUCUGUUCUCAUAUAAAAACUGUUUUGUUGUACAAAAUACAUUGAUGUUAGGUUCUAUUAUAUUUUGCCUUCAGAAAAGAAAAAAAUAAACUUUUGUGUAUUGUA